GAUGGCAAGAAGCAGAUACUGCUCAACGCCUUCGAUAUGUCCACCAUUGGGCAUCUUUCUACAGGCCAAUGGAAGGACCCGAAAGACAAAUCUGCUACCAAGCGCAAACUGCAAUACUGGAUCGAUUUGGCCAAACUACUCGACCGCGGCGGAAUCAAUGCACUGUUUCUUGCUGAUACCUAUGGAGGGUAUGACACUUACCAGGGUAGUUUGGAUGAGUGCAUCCGGAGGGCUGCGCAGUGGCCAGUUACAGACCCCACGAUUCCCAUAUCAGCCAUGGCUGCGGUCACGAAAAACCUUAACUUUGCUAUAACUUCCAGCACUUCAUUUGAGCCUCCAUUUCUGCUUGCCAAGCGGUUUUCGACUCUUGACCAUUUGACAGGAGGUAGAUUUGGCUGGAACAUCGUGACAUCUUGGAAGAAAGCAGCUUUCAAGGCUAUCGGACUCGACACACCAAUUGAGCACGAUGAGCGAUACAAGCAAGCAGAUGAAUAUCUCAGUGUUCUCUACAAACUAUGGGAAGGUUCCUGGUCCCCAACAGCCACGCUGGCGGAUGCUGCGAAUGAUGCCUACUUCGACCCUGACCAAAUCCGCCACAUUAACCACCAGGGGAAGUACUUCAACCUUUCAACCCGCCACAUCGUCGAUCCAUCGCCGCAACGUACACCCUUCCUCUUCCAGGCGGGCACAUCCGCAGCUGGCUCCUCUUUCGCAGCCAAGCAUGCCGAAGCUGUGUUCGUCACUUCACACUCCCCUUCCAUCUUGCGCCCUCAGAUUGCGAAGAUCCGUAACCUUGCUGCGGAGCACGGCCGCGACCCGGCGAGCAUCAAGUUCUUCGCGACUUUCACGCCGAUUAUUGGAAGAACCGACGAAGAGGCACAGCAGAAGUAUGAGGAGGCCAAGAAACACGCCAGCACGAUUGGCGGUUUGGUACUCUUCAGUGGGUGGACGGGCAUUGAUGUUUCGCGCCUACCACUCGACAAAGUGAUCACGACUGAGGAUUCUUUGGAAGCUCACAAGGUCACGUCGAGGCUAGAGGAUCUCAAAUCGACACACAAAGAUGCGCUGAAAUGGACGCCGAGGGAUGUGGCCGAGAAGGCUGCAAUCGGCGGACUGGGCACAGUGGCUGUCGGAUCUCCAAAGACUGUGGCAGAUGAACUUGAGCGGUGGAUCGAGGAAGCAGACUUGGAUGGUUUCAAUAUCGGGUAUGUGACCACACCGGGCACGUUUGAGGACGUUGUCGACUUGCUGGUGCCAGAGUUGAGGGCUCGUGGGAUUUAUCCUGAGCUGAAAGAGGAUGGAUUGACUGCUCGGGAGAGAGUUUAUGGGAAGGGACAGGCGGGCUUGAGGGAUGAUCAUCCUGGAAGUAAGUACAAGUAUGACGUGUACAAGGAGGAUCCGCCUUAUGUGGAAGAU